CAUUUACGCACUUCACACCCCUUUUUAAACGCACAAAACUUCUUUCCAAAUCUAGACGAAGUUCUUCUCGAAAAUGACCGAUUCCGACAACAGUACCACAACCACAGUGCCACCGUCACAGGAAAAGGACUCGGCUCCAGUGGAAUCACAGCCACAGCAACAAGAGCCAAAGAAGCUGAGCAACAGCGGUAUUUCGCUGAGCAUUUGGCCGCCGACGCAGCGCACUCGAGAUGCCGUCAUCACGCGUCUAAUCGAGACUUUAUCUACUCCGUCAGUUCUCUCCAAGCGCUAUGGAUUGAUUCCCCAUGAUGAGGCGGAGGUUGCUGCCCGACGAAUUGAGGAAGAGGCCUUUGGUGUGGCUAAUAGCGCUACUUCCGCCGAGGAUGAUGGCCUUGAGAUCCUCCAGCUCUACUCCAAGGAGAUAAGCAAGCGCAUGCUAGAUACCGUCAAAGCUCGGCCCAGGUCGGACCCCGCUGCCAAUAAUGGUGUGUCGGAUACGCCGAAUCCUGAUGUGGUGCCAGUGGAGGCAUCCACCGAGGAAAUUUCGAGUGCCGUUGAGAAUGAGGCCUGAGCAUAUUAGGGUUUUCUAGCUUCAUAUUGAUUCUUUGUAGGAGUUUUAGUUUUCAGACAUCUUUGGGUUGCGUAAAUUAGACUCGUUAAGGCUGGGAUGGGAUCGGCCUUGACAGAAUUCCAGGGACUCAGGGAAGGAUUUUUAUCUCUGGCCUGAGAUUGAUGGGAAGUUAUAAGAAUUCAAGGUUGAUUCAUCUGAAGGAUUUCUUUUUUCAGAGUGAAACAAAUAUAACGGAUAUCAUGUUGAAUUUUCAGUAAUAUUGAUGUCAUCUGAUAUGUAUUUUUCCAAAACUGCAAUCUCUCUCAAUAACAAACUUAUUUGGUGCA